UAUGUACCAUCUAUUAGGAAUAUGUCCACUGUUGCUUCUGUAGGCAUCGGAAAUAAGGAGGGAUUGAAGCUUCCUGUAAAUGAAGGACCUCAUGCUCAGAAAAUGGUUGGCAUUUGGCUUUUUGGCUCUGUUGCAUGGGUGUUUAGUAUGGUGAUACUUGGCGGGAUUACACGACUAACGCGAUCUGGUCUUUCAAUGACUGAUUGGAAAUUUACUGGGGGGCUUCCUCCUCUCUCAGAUGAGGAUUGGUUGCUUGAGUUUGAGAAGUACAAGCAGUCCCCUGAGUAUAAGUGUGUAAAUCGAGGGAUGAGUAUUGAAGAUUUCAAAUUCAUCUAUUGGAUGGAAUAUGCACAUCGAAUAUGGGGAAGGGCACUGGGAAUUAUGUUUGCGUUGCCCUUGUCAUAUUUUCUCCGUAAGGGGUAUAUUACCAUACAGCUUGGACUGAGACUGUCUGCUCUUUUUGCUCUUGGUGCUGGGCAGGGUUUAAUUGGCUGGUGGAUGGUUAAAAGUGGUUUAGAGCCAGCAUCUGAAUAUUCUCAGCCAAGAGUAAGCCCUUACCGUCUUGCAGCUCAUCUUACUUCACCCUUUGCUAUAUACUGUGGCCUUUUAUGGACAGGUCUUUCUGUUGUCAUGCCUGAACCACCUUCUGAAUCACUAGCUUGGGUUCAUGGAGCAGUAAAGGUGAAGCGACUUGCUCUUCCUGUAAGCUUACUUGUCGGAGUAACUGCUGUCUCAGGAGCAUUUGUUGCCGGGAAUGAUGCUGGGCAUGCUUAUAAUACUUUUCCAAAGAUGGGGGAUACAUGGAUCCCAGAGGAUUUUUUUGACAUGAAGCCACUAAUCCGGAACUUCUUUGAGAAUACAUCUACUGUGCAGCUUGAUCAUCGUAUCCUUGCAACUGCAACUUUAUUUUCAAUUGGUGCUUUGUGGUGGUCAACAAGGAAUUUUGACAUACAUCCUGCAGUUCGGUCUUUGAUUGGAAGUGCUGUUGGCAUGGCUGGCCUUCAGGUUUCGCACACCCAACUUGACAAGCGAGUCGCAGAACACCAUACUUGGGAAGCACCGAUUGUAGAGAUGGUCUUUUCGUCAACCACGAGUGAAACAAGUGACAAGCCAGAUAAGGCAAAACACAGAAACUAUGUGAGCACGGCAAUAGGUAAGGUAGAAUACAGAAACCCUGUGAGCACGGCAGUAGAUAAGGCAGAACAUAGAAACCCUGUGAGCACGGCAAUAGGUAAGGUAGAACACAGAAACCCUGUGAGCAUGACAGCAGAUAAGGCAAAAUACAGAAACCUUGUGAGCACGACAGUAGAUAAGGCAAAACACAGAAACCCAGUGAGCACGACAGUAGGGAGCACGGUAGAUGGUUGCAGCAGACUAGGAUUAUAGGCUAGAUGUAUAGUGCAACGGAAAUAGGUGGUGUUUAGGGUUAGGGGUUUUUUUUUUUUAAUGUUGUAGAGACGGAUCAAAACACAAAACAUCAUCGGCAAGGACCAUAGCAACAUUCAGUGAAGCAAACAAAGGAAACAUCAAUGGCGGCGGCAAUGGCCACGACAACGGCAACGACCACAGAAACGGAAAUUUUAUCAGGUUGCCCUUGGAAUUGCAAGCAUAGGGAGGCUGCCAUCUAUGUGAAGGGUGAACAUGGUCCUAUAUGUUACAGCUU